CAACACACAAGUGGGCGACAGCUAGGUCGGCGGCUCAACAGCUGAUCACGACAACAAUAACAAUGUCAGACGCCGAGCACAGGGAUCCGUGCUCAAAAAUUGCCAUCAUCCGUGAAGUGUAUGACAGUGAUUCUGCUCAUGAGACCUUUGAGCUGGAGUUGGAGAGAGCCCUGGAGAGUGGCGUCCCUACCAUUGUCAUAGAGCCAACCACCCUUGGGGAUGAGACAGCCAGAUGGAUUGCUGUUGGAAACUGCCUCCAUAAAACUGCUGUUUUAUCAGGAUUUGGAGCAAUAGUUUCAGGUCUGAUUUGGCGAGACUCUGCAUACGUCUGCAUGCCUCUGGGCACCUUGUCGCUUUUCUGUACAGGUGUUUACACGGCAUCAUGGCAGUUUGACCCUUGCUGCAAGUACCAGGUUGAAUAUGACUCAGGGCAUUUAUCUCGCCUGCCCCUGCAAUCCCUGUCUUCGGCCUCCCCUGUCGUACUGGUGAGGAGGGACGACUCUAAAAGAAAAAUACUACAUAGCUGUAUAUCUUUAGUCUCGUUUUCGUACUGUAUGUGGAGACUUUAUCAGGUAUAUAAAUAGAAUUAUUGGUUCAGUAUUGUUUAUGUAUUAUCAUAGUCCACACCUGAAAUCAGCCAAGCAGAUCAUAAAUGAAUAUUCCUUAGUAGAAUAUGACAUGUACUGAGGACUGAGAGAGAGAGAGUGAGAAAGAGAGAAUUGGAAGAUGUGCGAGAAACAUUAUCAUUAUCUCUGUCAUUUUUUCCUAACUAACUUGAUUUCUUGAUUUAGGGUCACUACCAAAUUUAGGAGCUUCCCAAGUCCUUGCUCAUAUUCAGUAAUAAAUAUAUACUGUACCUACCUUGCUUUGAGUGUUGAACAAGUGUAGAUGGCAGCAAACAGAGCCCUGGGAAUUAGAAGGACUCAGAUAAUGUGCACAGUAUAUAUAUAGUAGGUAUUGGUAAUGUGUAAACAUGCUGUGAUGUUUGCAUUUAUUUUAUAUUUUCUGUGAACAAAUCCAGGUCUGUUGUUUUCUCAAAGGAAGUUAAUUGAAACUCAUACUGUUACAUACUUUAAAAAAUAUGGUAAUUAUCACUUAUUGUAUGUAAUAUAAUGAAUUUUUAACAAACUACUAAUUUCCUCUAUCUCUGAUAAAGAAAUUACAAAAUUUAUGUAAAAUAUCAGGCAAAGAAAUUUUUUUGUUAAUGAGUAAUUAUCAAUGUUAAAAGGCUAAAUAAUUUCAGUCUGUAUGCAGCAAUGUUACACCUUGAUGGAAGUAUGUGCUAGACAUCAUGUGGCGUGGAACCUUAGACAGUGAAUUUAAGCAUAAUGUUGAGCCAGGGACAAGAAUAUGACAGUAACACUUCCUGGGAAAGGAAAAAGGUAGUGCAUUGAACUGCACGAGUUUGAAGCACUAAGCCACUGACUGAAUGUGGUACUGAGGCUGUAAUAGUUAUGUAAGGUGAAGUAUCUGUAGCUUGACUCAAGAGACAUAAUAUUGAAUGUGGAGGAGCUGUGCAAGGUAAGGCAGUGGAGGUGAGAUAGCACCACCAAGACUUGUCAAAGAGGAAGUUAGAUAUGGGACAUUACCUCUUGAUGAAGAAAGGUGUGGGAGUGGAACCAUCAUUCCUUCAGGUGUGGGAGGCAGUGAGGGAGUGUACUGGUGUGAGGUAGACAAUUCCUAUCCCCAGACAGUACAGGUAUUGAAGCACAAUUGUUGUUCAAGGGUGAGUAAGUGCUAUGCUGAUGCUGCAAUGACAAAUUCUGUAAAUUAAGUACUUCCUGUGCUGUAGUACAAUGGACCAAUUUUCUUUAUUUUUUUAUUUAUUUAUUUAUUAUUUUUUUGUAUGUAGCGAUAUUUAUAAAUAAAAAAAAUGGAGAGAAGCCUAUCUGGAAAGAGGUACUACAUAGGAAACUCAUCCUUGUAUUUGUUUUAAGUCACAUUUUCAGUUUUAACAUGUAUAUAUUUUUAUUUUGUAAUGGAUUAAAUGUUAUUCAUUCAA